UCUAAAGGGGGGGAGGGGGAGGGAGAGUCCAUGUUCCCGAGGGCAGGACUGAAUAUCUGGAAUUCCAUUUCCGUUCCAGGGAUUUUUCACAAAUCCUACGAGAGCGACAGGAAGAGAUCGAGAGAUUUAAAACGAGUUUUGGUUGUUUUGUUGUUGGUGUUUUUUUUUUAGACGCACCGUGGAAUGAUGGCGUCCUCUCCGCAGAAGUCUCCGUCCUCCCCGACUCCUCUGUCCCCGAGCUUCAGGAAGAAAGAUGAGACUUUCCUCGGAAAACUCGGAGGAACUUUGGCUAGAAGGAAAAAGGCAAAAGAAGUGUCGGAGCUGCAGGAGGAGGGCAUGAACGCCAUAAACCUGCCCCUGAGCCCCACACCGUAUGAGCUGCACCCAGAGGACACCAUGCUGGAGGAGAACGAGGUUCGCACCAUGGUGGACCCCAACUCCAAAAACAACAGCAAACUGCAGGACCUGAUGAAGGUGCUUAUCGACUGGAUCAACGACGUGCUGGUCGGGGAGCGGAUCAUCGUCAAGGACCUGGCAGAGGAUCUGUACGAUGGACAGGUUCUGCAGAAGCUUUUCGAGAAGCUGGAGGGAGAAAAGCUGAACGUGGCGGAGGUGACGCAGUCAGAGAUCGCUCAGAAGCAGAAGCUCCAGACGGUCCUCGAGCGCAUCAAUGAGGUUCUCAAAGUCCCGAGCAGGAACACCAAGUGGAACGUCGACUCUGUUCAUGCUAAGAGCAUGGUGGCCAUCCUGCACCUCCUGGUGGCGCUGUCUCAGCACUUCAGAGCUCCCAUCCGCCUCCCCGAGCACGUCUCCAUUCAGGUGGUGGUGGUUCAGAAACGGGAGGGAAUCCUGCAGUCUCGUCAGAUUCAGGAGGAAAUCACGGGCAACACAGAGGCGUUAUCCGGCAGACACGAGCGUGAUGCGUUCGACACUCUGUUCGAUCACGCCCCUGACAAACUCAGCGUGGUGAAGAAGACUCUCAUCACGUUCGUCAACAAACACCUGAACAAGCUGAACCUGGAGGUGGCUGAGCUGGACACGCAGUUUGCAGAUGGAGUGUACCUGGUGCUUCUGAUGGGACUCCUAGAGGGAUACUUCAUAGCGCUCUACAAUUUCUUCCUCACUCCUGAAAACUUUGAGCAAAAGGUCCAUAACGUAUCCUUCGCCUUCGAGCUGAUGCAGGAUGGAGGGCUGGAAAGACCCAAACCCAGACCAGAGGAUAUCGUGAACUGUGACCUGAAGUCGACUCUGCGCGUUCUCUACAACCUCUUCACCCGAUAUAGACACGUGGACUGAUGAGACACACUGACGUGCCUUAGGGUUCACGGGGCCCCUUUGGGAAAAUCAGCACUACAGGGGAUUUAUCGUGGACGUGUUGUGUUGUUGAGACCACUGUGUUAUGAUGUGUGUGUUUGUGUGUGGACCGUAAGCUAUCCAAUAGCUUUACAACCAGCAGUUGUUCUGUUUUUUUGGGUGGGAGAUCGAUCAUGGACAAUCAUGUGCCGGCUUUCUUCUUCUACAUGAGAACGGUUGAGCAAAUGUUUGUGUCUUUUAAUCCGAGAAACAUUUCAGAUCCUUUGUUUUCCUUAUUGCUUUAUUUCACAAAGCUAACUGAUCUGCAGAAUAAUUCUAGCAUUAGUGAACCAUCGUUUAAGCUCCAGAGUCUAUCCAGAUCAAAUGUACGUUUGCUCGUUUUUUUUGUUUGUUGUUGUUCUGUCAAUGUAGAUAUUUGUGCAGGUAGUUCAUCUGUAAAUCUGUCAUCUUUAUUAAUCCGAGUACUGGGAUAAACUUGAUCAUAUUUGACUGAAUAAAUAAACAAAUUAAUUCAUCUUC